UUGACGCAUGUACCAGUUCAGUCUGACUGUGUAGUCGGGUUUUCAGCCAUUUUCAUUUUGACUGUGCUGCUGGUUAGAAGUGAUUUUUUGCCCGAGCCUCAACCAAACUGAAAGGGGUGGCGGUUUUGGAGAAUCUAUUUUUGAUUAAUUGACAUAAAGUUCUUGUUGUCGAUUCGGUUCGAUUCGAAAUAGGCACGAGGAAGUUAUCCUGUUGGGUCAACAUGAGCGACAAAGAUUCCCUGGAACAGUCGCCGGAAGAUGGCAUCGAAAUCGAACCCAUGGACGAGUACGAAUGUCUGGAGCUGGAGAAGACGAUCAUCAACGAGUGGGGAAUGCAGAGGAGUUCAUUGAACAGAAUGAUUUAUUGUGGCAUCACAGUACGCUGUCUGGAGCUGAUUCAGGACGCCGAGAUGAAUGAACUAUUCAACGACCCACGGAUGCUGGGGCAGAAAAUCGUUUUCAAGCACAGGAUAAAGGACUUUCAAGCGAAUACCCUCCUUCAAAUGUUAGGUCCUCGAAAGCGUCGCCACUGUUCAUCAGAGAUGAGCUUCAACGGCAAACUCGAAGAUCAUACCCCGAACCCACCCCCCAUCCUCCAUGACACAAUGCCACAUGAUCCGAAGAAAAUGAAACUGGAAGACGACGAAGACCCACUCAUCACAGACACAUCACUUCUCGAACCAGAACAAUCUCUGGAGUCCUCAGAUCAUGCGAUUCGUCUGAUUGAACGCCCUUCCAUUGUUCAAAGCGGACCCUUUAUCAAACCCACCACAGCCAACGCCGUGGCUGGCCACCUUCCCAUCCGCAUAUCGUUCGAAGGCCUACGACAUUUGCUGCAAGCUAGCCGCCAGGGCCAGUGGGUGCUGUCGUACUACAACACGUACAGCUCCAUGAAUCGGAAAAUCCAGGCCGCCCUCACCCACUGCAUCGUGGAGCAGUUCCUGGUGUACAACAUCAUGUUCUCCCAUCGGUUGAUGCGGCACUAUGCGCACGUCAUCACACAACUUUUCCCAUCCGAAAACGCCGAAGUGUACUACAAGCCGGCCCAAACGCUCGGCUGGAAGCGCACCUGUGCGUCCGGGAAGUUGAUGGACCGCUGGGCCAACCAGCGGAUGCGCCACAAGGACCGUUACCCACAGCAGCGACCGAGGAUUCUGGACGACACUUCCGAUCAGCGAACCUUUGCCGAGAUGUCGCUGGUCAUUGGGCUGCACAAUGGAUCGUGAAUGCGAGAUGAGACAGAAAUGAUUUAAAGAGGAAAAGAGUGAGAUUCUUAGUUUACUAGUCAGUAUGUAAUGAGAGAUUGGGAUCGAAUGCAUCAAUAAACGCGUUUCUUCAUUAACUGAAGAGACAUAGCUUAACAAUAAA